AUGUUAAGAAACACAUCAAGAGUACUCAUGUCUCACUUUGCAAGAGCUAACAUCCCAACACCGGUUAACCAACCAAUGUUAAAUUAUGAAGUUGGUUCAACACAUAGAAAAUUAUUAAAAGAAGCAUGUGCUAAAUUUAGAAACACAACAAUCGAUAUUCCAUGUGUUGUUGGUGGUAAAGAAAUUCGUACUGGUGAUGUUCAAAAGCAAUUAAUUUGCUCUGAUCAUAAUAAAGUAUUGGCCACCUUCCAUCAAGCCAAUGCCGAAUUACUCAAAUUAGCCGUUGAAAAUUCCAUGGAAUCUAAAGCCCAAUGGGAAUCAUUACCAUUUGAAGCAAGAAGUGCAGUUUUCCUUAAAGCUGCAGAUUUGUUAAAUACCAAGUACCGUUAUGAUGUCUUAGCUUCUACUAUGCUUGGUCAAGGUAAAACUGUUUGGCAAGCAGAAAUUGAUGCAGCAGCAGAAGGUAUUGAUUUCCUCCGUUUCAAUGUUAAAUACGCUCAAGAAAUUUACCAACAACAACCACCAGCCAAUUCUGCAGGCUGUUGGAACAUUUUAACCUAUCAACCAUUAGAGGGUUAUGUUGUAGCAAUCUCACCAUUUAAUUUCACAGCAAUUGGUUUGAAUUUAAGUUCAGCCCCAGCUUUAAUGGGUAAUGUUGUCCUUUGGAAGCCUGCUUCAACUGCUGUCUUAUCAAAUUGGAUCGUUUACAAAGCCCUCCUCGAAGCUGGUUUACCAGCAGGUGUCAUUCAAUUCCUUCCAGGUAGUGGUCGUUUAGUUGGUGAACAUCUUUUCAACAAUAGAAACUUCUCUGGUCUCCAUUUCACAGGUUCAACUGGUGUUUUCAAUGAUAUCUAUAAAAAGACUGCCGAUAAUUUAGUUGCUGGUGUUUACAAAGGUUAUCCAAGAAUCGUUGGUGAAACUGGUGGUAAAGAUUUCCAUUUCCUCCAUAACAGUGGUGAUGUUGAAAACUUUGUAAAUAAUACACUCCGUGGUGCCUUUGAAUAUCAAGGUCAAAAAUGUUCAGCUUGUUCACGUGCUUACAUUCCACAAUCUUUAUGGCCCCAAAUUAAAGAUAGAUUAGUUACUGGUGUUAAAUCAAUGAAAAUGGGUCAAUCUGAUGAUUUCUCUUCAUUCGUUUCAGCUGUCAUCGAUAAAAACUCUUUCAACAAUAUUCAAUCAUACAUUGAACACGCUAAAGCUUCACCAGAUGCUGAAAUCAUUGUCGGUGGUAAAUGUGAUAGCUCUGUUGGUUGGUUUGUUGAACCAACUAUCAUCCUUGCCAAAGAUCCACAUUACAAAUCAAUGGAAGAAGAAAUUUUCGGUCCAGUCUUAACCAUUUAUGUUUAUGAAGAUUCUAAAUUUGAAGAAACAUUAAAAAUCUGUGAUGAAACUUCACCAUAUGCUUUAACUGGUUCAAUCUUUUCAACUUGUAGAUAUGCUAUUGAAACCGCUCACAAAUACUUGAAGAAUGCUGCUGGUAACUUUUAUAUCAAUGAUAAAUGCACUGGUGCCGUCGUUGGUCAACAACCAUUUGGUGGUUCUCGUGCUUCAGGUACAAACGAUAAAGCUGGUUCAUCAUUAAAUCUUUUAAGAUGGAUCAGCGCCAGAACAAUCAAAGAAAACUUUGUCCCACUCACUAGUUUCACUUAUCCAUACAUGAUUGAUCCAGAAAACUAA